GAAUUUAUAUAAAUAUAGAUAUAGUGUUAGUGCUAACCCUUAUGCAAUAUUCUUGUUUGAAAUAAUUUUUUUUCUGUACUGUGACUGACUUAAUUAAAGACUAAGUAAGUGAUAAAUGUCAAUAUUUAAUACAAUUUUUUUUACCACAUCAGUGUGCAAGUGGGGUCAUUCAACAUUUUGAGCAUGUGUUGUUUGUUUAUAGAUUUGACAAGGCGUGGCUGGUUUCAGGGAGCAAGUUGAUAAAGUGUGUUGAACUCAUUAUAUUGUAUGUGAGUGAAUUCAGAAAAGAUGUUGGUGAAAAAUCAAGUUAUUUGUAUAACAAAGUUGCCUUUAUUUUAUGUUUUAUAGUGAACUGGUUUCAUUUCAGAUGUUUAUGUAUAUUUACUCUUAUUGAUGUUGCAUCAUGGGAGAUAAUUCUGCUGGGGAUUUCGGAUCAUCUUACUAUCGAUCUCUAGAUCCUGUUAAAAACCUCAAGAUCAGAGUGCAUUUGAAGAGAGUAACAGGAGCAAGUCUGGUACCUAAGGCCAUAGCACCAGGAGGUAAUAAGAAUGAAGAUGGAGCAGAAGGCCAAGAAGGGAUACCCUUGAAGACUCUAAGCAAGAAAACCAGUGCUGCUGGAGGAGAAGGGAGCACAUCAAAAGAAGCAGAAAAGCCAAACACAUCAAAUGAGGAGGUUUAUGUAUUCAGCUGGCAGGAGAAAGUGUUCAGCCGACGGGAGGUGCAGCUAUACUCCAAUGAGGCAUCUUGCGAGUGUCCGCUUGAGCAAAAAUACUUCAGUGAAAUUAAGGAACAGAAGGCCAAAGGAGGCAGAAUAACCAAGCGUCUUUUUACCUAUACUGAUUAUGAUAGCUUCACCCAUAGGGAAGAGGAAAGUCUUGCAACCACCUCGCCAAAUGAGGAAGCUUCGUUUCUCGCAGAGAAGAUGAGAAAUGUACGGAGAAGAAAGAAGAUUGAGAGAAAAAAGAGAGAUGUACAAGGUGAUCCAAUGCUGAUGCAAAGGAGGACUAAUUUAGUGGUUGAAAGCCCUUCAGAGGAACAGAAAAAGAGUUCUCAUGUCAUUGAUACACCUAUAAACACCAUGUAUAUCAUGGCUGAUCUUGGUAUCAUGGAUAGUGAACCCAGAGAAGAAGAUGAAUGCACUUUGUGUACCAUCAAGGUAUCUAUGGGCGGAGUAAUCACCGUAUCCCCUGACUUCACUCAUCAUCGAGAGCCUUAUACCAUCGUGACUGACACGGGAGGGAGGGAUACAUUCCAGUACAGUUUGACAUUAGCAUCUACUGCUAUGAGUUCUAAGGAACAAGCCAAGGAGAAUAAGAUGUACCAUGAACUUCUCCAGAGACAUACAGACAUCAUCACAGCUUACGUAGGCCAAGACUUUGAGCAGGUGCCACCAAGUACAUUGAGGUUGUGUAUUCUUGGUGAGAUAGUAUCAGCCAAGAACUUUGAGUAUGAUGGUCUCUACGUACAUUACUUUGUGGAAUUACCUAGACAUUGGGAAGCUGAUAGGGCUCAGAUGUUAUCUGGAGUAACACAAACCUGUUAUACAAAGGAAAUUGAUAGAGAAUACACAUCCUACUUCAGCCAUCCAUUUGAUAUGGAAGUAUACUACCAGAUGAAAGAUUUUACAGAGGAGGACCAGGAUACUCUUCCUAAGUGGCCUCAACUAUUCCUAGAGGUCCUAUCACUAGAUUCCUGGCAGAGGUAUAGGACUGAAGGCUAUGGGUGCAUCACUCUACCCCCUAAUCCUGGUACCUACUCUUUUGAUGUGAACAUGUGGCGACCGUUGGGAAGGAGCUCGUAUGAUGAAAUGAGGCGUUUUUUCAUUGGUGGAUCCCCGGAGCUUGAAGACCCGAGCUAUGUGUCGGUACCGCUCACUCACGAUGGGAAGGUGCUUAGUCGGUUUGGACUCAUGACUGAGACAACAGGGAGUGUGACAGUCAAACUGAAUCUCAUGCAACAGAGCAGGGCUUUCAUGGAUCAGACAUCAAAACGGAAGAAUGUUGGAACUUUGAUUGACAAAUUAGGUGGAAUGACAAUGCAGGCAUCCGUAGCAAGUGUCAUGGAUUUGUUCCAGAAAGCAAGGAGGAGAAUGCAGAAUGCCAAGGAUACAUUAACAAAAAUAUGAAACUUUAUAAUGGAACAGUUGAAAACAUCUGAAGGAAUAAUGUUUGAGUGGACAUGAACCAAAAUAUAACCCAGUGUGAAAUGGUCUGGAAGAGGAUAUUUCUUUCCUUGGAAAAGAUGGAUCCUUUCAGAUGACGGUAGAAGAAAUGAUCAUGUUCCAGAGGAAAAUUGAUAAUUGAUUACCGGUAGAUGUGUAUUAAGUUACAAGGAGCAUUUUAAAGAUGACUCUGAGAUGAUAUUGAUGUACAUUCAGGUAUUAGCAUUGGUGUGUUUUGUAUGGAUCCCUGACUCAAACGACUUCACAGGAUGAUUACAGCGUUGACAAUUUGUCCUGCCUGAUAUAGAUCACAUGACCAAUAAUACUGAUAAGAGGAGCGUCGUGGCCCAGUAGAUUAGUCUCUUGACUUUGAAACAGAGGGUCGUGGGUUCAAAUCCCAGCCAUGGCGUAAUUUCUUUCAGCAAGGAAUUCAUCCACA